GGCGUGUGUGUGCUCAGUGUGUGUGUGAGAGUGUGUGUGUGUGUGUGUGUGUGUGAGCCUGGGAGUAAUGAGGUGACACUGACCACUUUACUCAGAGCUUCAGUGGUCUUCCAGAGCGGAUUUUUAAGACUUCCGGUGUUGGACAUGCCACCCCAAAUGGAUUAUUUCUACCAAGAGGCGCGAGUUCCACCGGUGUGUGUGGAGCAGGGGCACGAGCACGCGCACGAGCACGCGCACGCGCCGGAGUCGGACCCGGAGCCGGUGAUCAGCUGCAUGCUGGUGGGAGAUGGAGCUGUGGGGAAAACCAGCAUGAUCAUCAGCUACACCAGCAACGGAUACCCCACUGACUACAAACAGACCGCUUUCGACGUGUUUUCAGGACAAGUCCAAGUUGAUGGAGCACCUGUCCGGAUCCAGCUGAUGGACACAGCUGGACAGGAGGAGUUUGAUGGCUUCCGCUCGCUGUCGUAUGCCCACACGGACGUCUUCCUGCUCUGCUUCAGCGUCGUCAACCCGACGUCCUUCCAAAACAUCACGAAGAAAUGGAUCCCCGAGAUCCGCUCAUGCAACCCGACGUCUCCCAUCAUCCUGGUCGGGACUCAGUCAGACCUCCUGCUGGACGUCAACGUUCUGAUAGACCUGGACCGGUACAAGGUGAAGCCCGUGCUCAGUUCUCGGGCUCGGAGCCUGGCUGAGAAGAUCCGUGCUACGGAGUACGUGGAGUGCUCGGCUCUGACGCAGAAGAACCUGAAGGAGGCUUUUGACGCCGCCAUUUUUGCAGCCAUCAAACACAAGGCCAGGAAGGCCAAGAAGAUGAGACUGUCAGACAGGCGCGCUAAAGCUUUUUCGAAAUGCAGCUGGAAAAAAUUCUUCUGCUUCAUCUGAUCCUGUGGGUCAAAGCGUGCACUGGUGUGUAAUUUAUUAUUUAUUACUUUGGACGUUUUUGGACAUGAGAUGUGUUAUGAUCUCAGCGUUUUGGAUUGCAGAACAUUUCACAUGAUGCUACCAGGAAUCGUUCCUGAAUGAUUACAUCAUGAUGCACAUGAGACAAGAGAUAAUGAGUGUGAGCAAAUAAACAGAGCCGGAAAUUCAACAGGGGAAGCACUGUGUUGGGGUGGUGCGGUUGAUUAUUUUCCUCUAACAGCACUUCCUGAAGGGAUUUAUUCCUCUUAUACCUCGGCAAUGGUCUUUCGAAUGGAAGAACAAAACAUCGUACUUUUUAUCCAUUUAAAGUUGUGGAAUGUCUUCUAAACAAAUUAGUUCCUGUUCUUACUUACAUUAUAGCAGUGAUAAACAGUCAUUCCCUCUCCAGUGUCUCUUUUUUAGACAAAAAACUUUAUAAAAAAAAAAAAAGCGAGAACCCCUGAAGAUGUUGGAAAACUUUUACUUUAACUGACACUGGAGACUCCUUCCAUAAAUAUUAACUAGACAUCCCCUUACAAAAAACUUCACCUCAUAACGAAAACAAUAAUAUAUUAGAGCGAGCGCAUUAAUAUAAAUUGAACUACAGCCAAAAACAUUGUUAUAUAAAAUGACUGAGCAGCUUAUAACCAGCGCUGUGGUGUAUUAAAAAUAUAAUCCAGGAGGAAACAUCACUCUCAGGAUUACAGUAAAAACAGCACCUACAGUAUGUAAAUGAUGGGAAUUUGCAUUAUGUGGGAGGGUAAAAGCCUGCAGCAUGUUGUGAGGAGCUGAAAGGGUUAAGCACUGACUCUCUUUGUGUUCAGUGCCACGUUGUCAGACGGGACUUUUCAUAUGCGAGCUACAGUGUGACCCGUGUUCCUGACAGCUCCUUUUGAACAAUUAAGAGGCGACUUCACGAGUACGGGAUUGAGUUUGUUCAGCCAAGCAGCAUCUCCAGCGUGGCCAUUGUGUUGCAAAUUAAUCUCAGGCCAACGGGGGAGUUCUCCUCCAGCACGGGGAUGUUCAGAUCUUUACUCAUUAUUAGUAUAUAAGACUCACUCAGUCAUUACGUCAUGUCUAUGUAUUUGCAGUUAACAAUUAACACCAAUACAGUUAAGCACCAAAUACACAAACACACACACACACACAGGUGCCUUGUUUUGGAUCUCUGGUUUGUUUACGUUGCUUGCACUCUUUAUCUCUGAGACACUGCAUUGAUUCGUUGGCUCCAGUGUGUGUACAUGUGAUAUGAUAAUGUAAAAUAGUGCUGUUUUUGCUAAAACACUAAACCUUAUGCUUCUUGUGGAAGACAAUUUUAUAAUGCUGUUUAUUCUAAACAGUCGGAUUUAAUGCCAUAGGCAAGAAGGACUUCUUAUUUUCAUUUAAACACACACACAAACACACACAGACAUAUGUAUGCAUGACAUUCUGGCUUUCACUGGUUCAUUCAUUCAUUUAUUUGUCUUUUUUGUGAGAUGUUCUAAUAAAAUGAAGUGAAAAUGA